AGAAAAAACCUUCGAGCGGAAGUAUUCAUUCUGCGCAUGCGUGGUACUGAUCGGGCAGCGUCGGAGCAGACUCUUCGAUUGUCCCGGUGUAUUUCGUUUCAACAAUGUGUCAGGUGGAGGAAGACUAUCAGCCGAAGUUGCAGCGUCCGGAGGAGCACAGUGUUUCCAGAAAAUGUGUGAAAUGCAAAGAGGAGCUGGCAGCAGUUCUGAUCCGUGCAGGAGACCCGUACUGCAGGAGCUGCUUCAGAGACUACUUCACUCACAAGUUCAGAGCCAUGCUGGGAAAAACCAGACUCAUCUUUCCUGGGGAGAAGGUGCUGCUGGCCAUCUCUGGAGGCCCCUCCUCUUCUGCCAUGCUCAGUCAAGUCCAACAGGGUUUGAGCCAAAGCGCUCAGAAGAAGCUCCGGUUCCUGCCAGCAAUCGUUCACAUUGAUGAGGGGGGCGCUCUAGGUCUGUCUUUGGUGGAGAGGCAGCGGCUGGUGUCUGAGCUGCAGGUGAUCUUCAGAGCCUCCGGAUUCAACUUCUACACCAUCCCUCUGGAGCAGGUUCUGGACCUUCCCAGUUCGGUUGUGAAUGUGGCCCCACCCUCUUUUGACCAAGCUCCUGACUCCUACAAAGCAGCGGUGGACGUCGACCUUCAGGGGGCCGGCCGAGACCCGCAGCAGGGUGGGGGCGUGCCGGAGCCGAGAUUGGACGAGUCCCAGACCCGAUCUCUGCAGCAGCUGUUGGGUUCUGCUGCGACGCUGACGGCCAGAGCAGAGCUGCUGUCUACUCUGAGGCAGCACCUGCUGGUCCACACGGCCCGGACCCGAGGCUACAGCAAGCUGCUGCUGGGGGAGAGCUGCAGUCGGCUGGCCGUCAGACUGCUCACCUGCGUCAGUCUGGGCAGAGGAGCUCACCUGGCUCAGGACACGGGUUUCUCUGACUGCAGGUUUGGAGAUGUCACGCUCGUCAGGCCCAUGAGGGAGUUCUCAGCCAAAGAAAUCGCCGUCUACAACCACAUGUUUGGCGUGCCGACUGUCAUCAUUCCGACCCUGGACACCAAGAUGCCGGAGAAGGCCAGUAUCCAGCGCCUGAGCCAGAGCUUUGUCAGCAGGCUGCAGCAGGACUUCCCGUCCACCGUCAGCACCAUCUACAGGACCAGCGAGAAGCUGCAGACAGCAGGAGGGGGCUGCUCCGCCCAGGACGGCCGGUGUCUGCUGUGCGUCUGCAGCGUGGACACGGCUGCAGGGAAGGCCUCAGCGCUCCAGGCCCGGCUGAUCUCAGAACAGCUCUGCUGUCAGGAACCUGCAGGGACGGUGCAGGUGGGACCGACCCCCCCUGCUGGACAGUGCUGUUCCGCUACAGAUGGAGAGUGUGGGAGACCAGCAGGUGGCGCUGGCUGCUGCUCCUCACAUUUCAGAGCUCCAGAGAAGAAGGAGCUGCAGAAGCUGCUGUGUUACAGCUGCCAGCUGAUCCUCAGAGACAUGUCUUCAGUGGCUCAUCUUCCUCAGUACAUCGUAGCAGAGGCUGAGAGGAGGAAGAGGAGGUCUCUGAUGAAGGACGAGAUCAGUGAGUUCCUGCUGGAGGAGGAGGGCAGCAGCUGAUCAGAUGUUUGAAAGCAGACUCCUGGUGAGAGGAGAAGCUUGAUUGGUUUAAGCUCCUCUGAUGCUGCAGCUGACAAAGAUCUGUUCAGAGACAAGUUACAGAAUUCUUAACCGUGAAGAUGGAAGCUGUUUUUAUUGUCCCUUUAUUAAAAUGAGCUUGGUUUCAUGUUUGAA